ACUCAUGUGUAAGCUCAGUGUGUGGCUGGCUGGAAUUACCAAGUAUAUAUAUUUCCAUUAGCUUGUCAUUUGGGUGGUGCGGCAAGUAGACGAGUGUGACACCUGAUCGGGGAUCGCUGUCAACAAACAGGGGGAGGAGUGUUGGGUGUUCCAGGGUGUGCUGUGGACGUGACCCUUCCCCACCCUCGCCAUGGAGCUGGAAGAUUCGUACUACCCCAAGGCGCAGUACAUAGAGACGGCUACUGGGAACCGAGUGAGUCGUGCAAGUGUACUUUGUGGGUCACAGAACAUUGUGCUCAGCGGCAAAGUGAUUGUCCUCAAUGGGGUCAUCAUACGUGGUGACCUGGCUAACGUGAGGGUUGGCAGGCACUGUGUCAUCUCCUCCAGGGCUGUGAUCAGACCACCCUUCAAGAAAUUCAGCAAAGGAGUUGCCUUCUUCCCACUGCAUAUUGGGGACCAUGUCUACAUUGGUGAAGGUUCUAUCAUCAAUGCAGCAGCUGUGGGGUCUUAUGUUUACAUUGGAAAAAACUGUGUCAUUGGGCGACGGUGUGUACUCAAAGACUGCUGCAUGAUUGCUGAUAACACAGUGCUUCCUCCUGAGACAGUUGUACCACCCUUUGCCAUCUACACUGGUUCACCUGCACGCCAGACAGGGGACCUUCCUGAAGCAACACAGGACCUCAUGACAGACUACACCCGCAGCUGUUACCAUCAUUUCAUACGGGUGAAGGAUCUACCACCACAGGCACGGGAGGGGGCAAAUGUGGCAAGGCUGGUGGACGUGUGAGUGUGUGUGUGUGAAGGAGAGAGAGAGAGAGAGAGAGAGAGAGAGAGAGAGAGAGAGAGAGAGAGAGAGAGAGAGAGAGAGAGAGAGAGAGAGAGAGAGAGUUUAAAAGAUUGAUAUGGCAUAUUUAUCUUUGUAGGGAUGUCACUCUAGUGUGUGUGUGUAUGUAUGUGUGUGAAGAUGGAUUAAAUCUAGUUUGUUAAGCCACACCAAGUUAUCAUUAUUAUUAGAAUAUACACUUAAACAUUAAUCUUGCAUCAAUGUUACAUACACAGUAUAUUACAUACUCAGGCAUGCAAGUGAAAUAUUGUAUGCAGUGAGCAGCUUUAUUUUCACUGUAUUUUCAUCCUGUAAUCUGUGUGCAGAGAAGUAAAAAAGUAGUCUUGG